AUGUCCACUACAACAAAUAUUGCUAUAACUUUCGCAGGUACAGGAAAUGAAAAACAAUUUAUUAAAAAUUUACAAGAUAAAGAUCCAUCAACUAUAAGAUUUAUAGACCAUAACAAUAAGGAUUAUUUUUCAUGUUUACAAGAAGAUGCAGAAUUAAUAGCUAAAGAUAUAUACAAGACAAGAUCAAUAAUUAAAUUUUCAGAUAAUGUUAAAUAUGUGACAAUUUCACCACAAGUAUUUCAAACAGCUUUAAAAUUAUAUUUAUUAGAAAAACAAUACAGAGUAGAAAUUUAUAAUAAUAAGAAUUAUCAAAUAUUAGCUAGUGGGACAGCUGGUAAUUUAGAAGGUAUAAGUCAAGAAUAUGGAAUAAACUUUGAAUUUCAAGAUUGUUCAAAUUCUACAAUUGCUGGAAUUAAAAUUAAUGGAAAUAAUGUUGGAGUUUGUAUAAUGGAAGAUGAUAAAAUUUUUUUAACUGAAUUUGAAGAUAAUGAUUUAUAUUCAAAUUUAGAAAGUUUAUUAUUACAAUUUGGUGUAAAAGAAGUUUUAAUACCUGAAUCAAAAGAUGAUAAAUUAGAACGUUUAAUUGAUAAAAUUGGAAAUAUAUUAAUUACAAAAUCAAAAAAUUUUAAUACAAAAAAUAUUGAACAAGAUUUACUGAAAUUAUUAGAAGAAGAAAAUAUUGAUUUAUGUCUUUCAUCAAAGGGAAUAAAUGUUUCAGAAUUUCAAAAAUCUUUAAGUGGUUGUAAUGCUUUAAUGAUUUAUUUAAAUUUAUUAACAGAAACAAGACAAUAUAAUUUGGAAAAAUAUGAUUUAAAUGAAUAUAUGAGAGUUGAUACUUCAACUAUGAAAGCUUUAAAUAUAUUUCCUGAAUUUCAAUCAACUACAACUAUAAAUUCAAUUUUUGAAUUAUUAAAUAAAUGUAAAACUUCAGCUGGUUCUAGGUUAUUAUCACAAUGGUUAAAACAACCAUUAACAAAUGUUGAAAGUAUUGAAGAAAGACAAGGUUUAAUUGAAUUAGCUAUGAAUAAUGCAACACUUAGAGUUGAAGUACAAUCAAUAUUAUCACAAAUUCCUGAUAUAAAAAGAUUAUUAAAAAAAUUAACAUUAAUUCAUGAAAAGCCAGGUUAUGAACAAAAAAAAUUAGAAGAUAUUGUAACUUUAUAUAAAGUUGUCUUGUUAUUACCAGAUUUGAUUGAGAUAUUAAAGGGUCAUAAUGAAUUAGUGGAUAAAUGGUGGUUUAAUCCAUUAUCCACCAGGUUUCAAGCAUUAUUUAAAUUUCAAGAAUUAGUUGAAACAACAAUCGAUUUAAAAGGAUUACAUGAUUUACAUUCAAAUUUUGCCAUAAGACCAGAAUUUGAUAAAACUUUAAUCUCAAUAAAUGAAACUAAAACUGCAUCAUUAGAUCAAAUUAAAAAUUUACAUUUAGAUGUUGCAAAUGAUUUAAAUAUGGAUCUGGAAAAAAAAUUAAAACUUGAAAAUCAUCAAAUUCAUGGAUUUUGUUUAAGAUUAACAAGAGCUGAUUCAAUAGUUAUACGAAACAACAAAAAAUAUCAAGAAUUACAAACAGUUAAAGCUGGAGUUUAUUUUACAACUACUGAAUUAAAAAAUUUAUCACAAAUUUAUCUUGAAUCUUGUGAUGCAUAUAAUACAAAACAAAGAAAAUUAGUUACUGAAGUAUUAGGUAUUUGUUUAAGUUAUUCAAAAGUUUUAACAUUAUUAAGUUUAGAUUUAGCUCAUUUAGAUGUUAUUAUAAGUUUAUCUAAUGUUGCAUUAAUUGCUUCAAAAAUUUAUACAAAACCAAAAUUAAUUCCAUUAAAUUCAACAAAUAGAAAAAUUAAUCUAAAAGAAUCAAGACAUCCAUUAUUAGAAAUUCAAGAUGAUUUAGAAUUUAUACCAAAUGAUGUUUCAAUAAAUUCAAAAUAUUUUAAUAUUAUAACAGGUCCAAAUAUGGGAGGUAAAUCAACUUAUUUAAAACAAAUUGCAACAAUUGGAUUGAUGGCACAAAUUGGGUCCUUUAUACCAGCUGAAGAAGGAGCUGAAUUACCUAUAUUAGAUGCUAUAUUAUCAAGAGUUGGAGCAGGUGAUUCUCAAUUAAAAGGGUUAUCUACAUUUAUGAUUGAAAUGUUAGAAACUUCAUCAAUAUUAGCCACAGCAUCAACAAAUUCAUUAAUAGUUAUUGACGAAUUAGGUAGAGGUACAUCAACAUAUGAUGGAUUUGGUUUAGCUUAUGCAAUUCUGGAACAUUUAGUUACAAAAAUGAAAUGUUUUACAUUAUUUGCAACACAUUUUCAUGAUUUAACUAAAUUAGCAGAUCAAUACCCCAAGGAAGUUGAAAAUUUACAUGUUGUUGCAUAUGUUGAAAAUCAAGAAGAUAUAACAUUAAUGUAUAAAAUUGAACCUGGUAUAAGUUCUAAAUCUUUUGGUAUAAAUGUUGCAGAAAUGGUUAAAUUUGAUGAAAAAAUUAUUAAGAUGGCAAAGAGAAAAGCAGAAGAAUUAGAAAAAGAUAAAUUAAAAAGAUUAUGUAAUUCAAAGGAAGUUAAUGAUGAUAUUGUUGAUUUUAAAGAUAAAUUGAAAAAGUUAAAGGAUGAUAACUCCUCCGAACCAUUGAAUGAUAAAUUGAAAAGUAUGUUAGAUGCUGGAGAAAAUAAAUAUAUGAAGGAAAUAAUGACUUCAUUAUAA